UGCGCUUUGCAUGCCGGGAAGUGUAACCCUGCGAUACCGGUCUGUAAACCGAGUCUAGUGGGCGGAGCAACCGGACAACAUGGAGUCAGCAACGGAGAGGGCUAGCGGCUUUAUCGGUGCCUCGGAGUACGAUGGCCGGAUAGGAGAGCUGCAGCGGAGACUGAGGGACUGUGAAAGGAAAAGAUUGGAGUUAGAAAAUAAGUUAUUUCAGUACAGCUCUUCGGAUGUGCACAUACGUCAUCUUAAGUAUGCAAAGCUUAAACAUUCCUUGAAAGACGUGUGUGAGAAGGAGAAGAAAGCACGCCUUAGAAACAAGACUUUUCUACAGGAGAUUCAUCGCAUUGAAUCAGGCCUGCAUGAUCUAAUAUCGAAUACAUGCACACUUCAGCAAAAUAAGAUGCUGCAACUUUCACGACAAACUGAAAUUAACACAGGCGCAGAUAUGUCAGGAAGAAUGUAUCAUCCGGCGACAAUCUUCAUGGGCCGCCAAAUGUCAGCCAACUCAAGCAUUGAACAUUGCCUUACACAGAGGAAAUCUCCCCAGCCCACAAAGAGCUUUUCAAUUUCUGACCCACAUUCAGUCAGACAGGCAGCAAUAAACAGCAAUCUGACAGACAGCUGUGUAGUACCAGCUAAUAGUGAUAUUCAGUGCUUAAAUAAGCCUGACAAAAUAGAUGGGAAGACAUCCUUUCAGAUUAGUCAAAAAAUGCCGGUCACAUCCAUAGUAUCUUCCAAGGAUGGAGGAACACACCGUUCAGAGAUCGACAAGCCUCAAAGUGGUAAGAAACAUUUACUUGAAAGCAAGCAAUCUGCACAACUUAGCGCACACAGUCUGGAAAGAUUAAGUCCAGAGAACAGAGCAGGGGAUUUGCAGAAUGACAGCCCAAGCAACAAGGUGGAAGAAUCACUCAUGUAUGAAAGCCUGGUUCCUAAUGAAGAGAGAUUUACACACACAAGCCCCUCUGGAUCUUUACCUGAUGCCUGUGAUUACAUAAAUAAACAAACAUCAGAUAAACAUAGCGCCUGUGAAAAUCUGUCAGAAGGUGAUGAACAGGUGAAACAACUGAUCCAAAAUGAAGAAGACCAUGAAUUUCUCGACAGCAGCAGUGAUCUCACUGUCUCUUUUAGUGAUUCAGAUGUAAGCUCUGCAGAUCCACUUGAUAAAAUAGAGCACAAGCCUCCGGUUGUAAAUUUCAUGAAAUCUGAAAAGAACACCGCUAAUAAAGGAGCCACAGACCUCAAUUCCCAUUUUACUUUUGGCCGUCAUUUAGAUGAAGAAUCUUCAGUAAAUCGGAAUACCUUAUCUGACAAAGGAUUUCUACAUUUGCUCCAGUCAAUAGAAGAGAUGGUUGUUAAGCUGGAGCCUGAAUCUAUUAAUAUAUACCAAAAUACUGAUUUAAGUCAGUCAAAGAGGAAUCAUCUCAUAAGUCUUUGUAACCAGUUGAAGACUCAGAAUGUAGAAGACCUUGAGGCUUGCACUGCUCUUGUCCUCCUCGAACUUCAGAGGCUGUUGAAAAUCACAUUAUAUGGGUACUCCCCAUCAUGGGAAAAUCCAAAAGAGUACAAAAGCAAUUCAGAUGAAGGAGAGAAACCAAGACCUGUCUCAAAACUAGUCCAAGAUCGUCUGCUCGAUCACAUUGCUUUUUUGAAUGAUCACCAAAUUUUCAGUAAAAGAGACCUCCCUAGAAGUUUAUCGAUAAUUUUAUCGUGGAAUGAUCAACUUCACCAGAAGGAUGUGUCACGAAUGGGUGAGGGCAAGAAGAAUAUGUCUCCUGAUUCCAGCCGUGAAACACAAAGUAGUGUGUCUCUGAAGAGUGACCCGACUGGCAUUAAAAUUCACAAAAACAUUCCAAAUAAAAACUUCACAAAAACAGCAGAACAAGUGAACUCUGAGGAAUCACAGAAGAUUAGAGACACUACCAUCCAAGACAUCAAACAUUCUUUAGCAGACAAUCAGGAGGAUACCAGCGAUGUAUCAGAGCUCGAAAUUCCUGGAUUAACAACUGGUGACAGCAAUUUCAGGCCAAAAGCAAACAAUGCACUGAGUUCAGAAACCACUUACUCAUCAAGUGAAAAGACUCCAUUAUCCAGAAAAGAAGAUGCAACCAAGAAAAAAGCCAAUGUACAAUCUCGCACUGUAUCUACUAACAUGAAGUCUAAAGCAUUUUGGGGAGAGUCUGAAGACAGCAGUUCAGAAAUUGAAGCCAUACUGAGACCACAAACUCAACAUGAAGAGGAUGAUUUUGAUGAUUUCUUUGAUUAAAAUGUUAUACAUGGAAAUGGGUGAUUUUUCUUUUUACAUUUUUGGCGAACUUGGAAAGCUGCCUUCAAGCUUUUGGAUUUUAUUUGCUUAGUGUUUUGUUUUGUUUUGUUAUAAUAUGAAACCGUAGUGAAGACAAGUAGAAUAUACUCUUUUUGAAAUGUCCUUAUUCCCUUAUGUAAUACUGUAUGCAUUUGUUUUUUAAUACUUUUAUCUGUGAUAAAACCAAAUGUAACUGUAUUACAUUUGAAGGCAUUGUUUGAUGUUUUUACUAUCUUACUACCAAGAAUUGUAUUUGAAUAUCACUUUCCUGUCUACCCCAGAGAUCCACUUCAACUAUAAAGAGCUGCAAGUAUAGCGAUGUUUAAAGGGGAACUGUGCCUUUUCUAAGUUUAUAUUUACUUAUGCCUAUA